UCUUACUAAUUUGUUAUGAACUUAUUAUAAAUGUUAAUCAACUUUCUUAAUGGCUAGCUGGAGAAUUGAUAUUGCGGAUUGACCCGCGAUCCAACUGAAGCCAUCCGCCACCCACCGAAUCCAACCCACAUAAGUAUAUGAGUAGAUUGCGAAUCAGAAUAAUUUCAAUUCGCUAAUAAGCGGGUGGGUCAAUUUGAUAUCAAAACCCACUCAACCCGCUCAUGCCCACCCCUAGCCGCCUGGGAAAUCUCAUAACCAAAUGCUUUCAAACGACACCGUAGCUUUCUAAACACUAAAAACAUUCUCAACGCGUCAACGACUUCUCUCGCCUCUAAAUAUUCUCGUCCUGCUUUAGCUAUCUAGUGCUUCAAAUCGCCGGCGACUAGUAUCGACCAUCACCCGUCGAUCGGACAAUCAGUUCGCCACUCUUCGACGACGAUGCCGUAUGACGGUUUCCCGCCUUUAAUUUCCUCUCAGCUUCAGUAUCUCCUCAAUCACUCGUCUCACCUGAUCAAGGUCGAGCAAGUUUGGUCUGGGACUAAGUAUUUCCCAGGAGCUUUUGAUCGGUUCACAUUGGUGAUUCCGUACUGCCUAGACUUCAUCAGAUGGGACGUGGUGUACAAUGCAGAAUUACCCAUGGCACCACCAGACGUUAUAUUUGCAGCUGAAGACGAGGAUUUCCACCCCUUACAUGCAGACACGAAGCUUCUCCAGGGUAUUUUGUGUAACUGGAACUUCAAAGACCCAACAUGCUUGUUCAAUUUGAUCGAGGAACUGAGAAGGAAAUACGUCAAGUACCAGACCAAUCUUGUUGAAAGAGUGGAUGAUGAUCGAUUGAAGUUUGAGAUUAGCACCAUCAUAUCUAGGGAGGGAAUUGAAAUGCACAUGAGUUCUGGAACUGAUAAGCCAGAAGAGGUCAAAUUUGCAGUGCCUUUAAUGGACAUGAACAUAAACAAGAUGGUGCUUGCCUGUCCUUGGAGACACCAACAAAAGAUAUACUUGCAGGUUGUAUAUCCAGUUGGGAGAAAGUAUCUUUCUGCACCUUCAGCACCUCGCCUAAAAUUAAUGAGCUCCGCAGAACUUAAAGCUCUAUUUCCUGUCGAUGAGAUUAAGCUCCCUUCUUGGGUGGAUGGGAUGUGUUUGGCUGAAUAUCUGCCCCAUCUAGAGGAACUUCUUCAGAAACAGGUCUUGGAGGCAGUUUCUCUAAUUGAUGUUAGGAGGCAUUUUAUUGAGGCUUUGGCGCCCUUGUUUGGCAGGCCACUAGAGGCUGACCCGGUUUUCUGCAGAAAGGCUACUUUUCUUGCCAACUCUGGACCAUUUACAUUCCUGGUGCAUGUUUCCAUUUCAACUCAGUUUCCAAAACAGCCUCCAUCUCUGAUGCUUCAAAGUACUCAGCAUGUUAAUCCAAGAGACAUGCCAGUCAAGUCAGCUAUUAUGAAUGAAUAUCCAUGGAGCCCAAGAUGGGAAGUAAUGCUGAUGGCAGAGAAGAUCCACGAGUUUUUGUUCGACGAGUGCCUAAAUUUCAAGAGAUAUUGCAAUGAAUCACAGCAGCAGUAGAAUGAUUCAAGUUCUGCUCCGAUAGUUUGUAUUUGUUGGCCAGUCACUGCCAAUGAAUCCAAGUAGCUUGAUUGUAGUACCCUGGAUUACACUGUUGUCAAAUCCUUGUACCUUGUUAUUUUGUUGUAAUUAGUGGAUGCAGGAAGUAAUGGAAAGCGGUUUUGUAACUGUCUUUUGUGGUUGGGUUAUAUUUGCCUGCCUGCCUGCAAAGAUGCUAUCAAAAUGCUUGAAUACUCUCAACUUUUGGCUGAUCUCCACUUGGCUCAACUGAGAAAUAUAAGCUUCGGAGUUCCGACUGUGAAUGUGGUUGCCCGAUGUACUCUUGUUUAUGCCCUCUCAUUAUCAGUAGAAAGGAAGUUGAGCAAUUGGCCACUUGUUUUCUAGCAUUGGCCUGUUGAACGAAUCUUAGCUUAACACUGUUAUUGUAAGUAGGAAGAAGUUGAGCAAUUGAUUCAAUCCAUGCCGAGUAACUCCUAAAGGGCGAUCUCCUAAAAUGAGAGGGGAAAGAUAACCAUUCACCAUUGCGACGAGUGUCACACAAUCUGACCAAACUAUAGUGGAGCAUUUGCCAACAAGAAGAACUUUCACUUUGGGCACAAUGCCUUAAGAAUGGUUAGAUGAUCAGCCAACCCAUUGCCAAAUUUGACUUGUGGAAGUUAGAAUUGACAGACUCCUAGCUUGUCCACUAAGAACCAACGAAAGGUACCUGUUUAGGCCUGGUUCGUACCAGGCGGUUUUUGUGAGGCUUCGCUGACUUCGUGCGGUCCUUCGUAGGUGAGAGGCGGUCCUCGAAGUCCUGCAAGAAAGGUCCACAGGGGGUGUCCUGGGACCUCAUCCGAUGCUAAAAUUAGAGAGAGAAGUUGAUGUGGAGUAAAUAAGAGAGAGAAUGUAGUCGAUAGGAGUUACCAUAAAUGUGAUCCGAGAUGGGUAUUUAUAUCAGCGAAAGCUGGGGUGAAUGCAUUUAAUUCUGUGUCGGGCGGUCUUGGACGCCUGAGCUCUGACCCUCUGAAACUGUCAGUUCGUACUUCCGCCAGUCUCCGUACCAAGUGUUCAGAGUGUCUUUUGUCUCACUUGUCGGGCGGUUUCCUGAAGUUCCGUUGAGGAGAUGUCGGGCGGCCUUCUGGCUUAGGCGCCUCAAAGAAGACCACCUUCCGUGCCCCUUUGGGCCGGACCCAGUUGCUUAGUGGGCUUUUUAGCAAGUCAUGGGCUUGGGGCUCGUAAAUCCUGAUUAUUGGCCCAACAGUACCCAUCACAGUGAUUGUCUAGCAUGUUUUACAACUUAUGGCGUUGCCAGCUUGUGAUUCUUGUUGUUAUUUAUGUAGUAAUUGUGUUAAUGCGAUUUAAAUAGAAAAGCCCGUCUAGC